AUGGGUUUCCUUAAGAAGAAAGAUGGCGAUGACGACUCCAGUAGAAAGGCUCUUUUUGGCGGCCGGUCGUCCAAGUCCAAGUCGCCUGCCCCUCCGUCUGGCAACCCUUAUGCGCAGCCUACCAUUCCGGCAGACCCCUAUACGAGGGCCAAGAUGAAUGCAGGCGUUUCUCAGGGCCCUACUCAAUCAUAUCAGGGGCCACCUCAACCGAGUCAGGGUGGCUAUGGUAGUAUGGGUCGACCGCAGGAGAAAAGUGGCUAUGGCGGCCCUCCGAAUGACUACCGUGACAACAAAUCGGGAGGAGGGGGUGGAGGUUACGGCCCUGACAAGUAUGCCGCGCGAGGAGGUUACGGCGGUGAACAGAGCGGAAGCAAUCCUUAUGGGGCACCACAGCCUUCUGGUGCUGCUCGUUCAGGGGGCUAUGGCGGCCUCGGUCGAACUGCCAGCUACGAGGAUGCUCCUGAUGCUAAUAGAGAUCAGCUGUUCGGUGGUGCCCGUGAGCGGAUCGAGCAAAGGCAGCAACAAAUGCCUCCUGAAUACAGCUACAACAAUGCUGAUCAAUCUGGAGCCGACACUAGUUACGGAGCUUACGGCGACAGGCAGUUGACCGCCGAGGAAGAGGAGGAGGAAGACAUAUCAGCCACCAAGCAGGAGAUCAGGUUUAUGAAGCAGCAAGAUGUGGCAUCCACACGCAAUGCCCUCCGCAUUGCCGCUCAAGCCGAAGAGACCGGCCGCAACACACUUGCUCGCCUUGGUGCACAGGGCGAGCGUAUGCACAACACAGAUCGCAACCUCGACAUUGCAAACAAUCAGGUCAAUAUCUCAGAAGACAAGCAGCGCGAGCUCAAAACACUGAACCGCAGCAUGUUUGCCGUGCACGUCAAUAAUCCGUUCAACGCCAAGCAACGGCAGAUGGAGAAGGAUGAGAAGAUCAUGGACCGCCACCGCAUGGAACGGGAACAGCGCGAGGCCUCACGUGACCAAGCAUUCAAGACUACGCAGCGUAUGAACAAUAACUUCAAAGGUCUCGAAAACGCUGGUGGGCCAAGCGGUCCGCGCAAAACCAAUCUGGCGGAGCGCUCCAAGUACCAAUUUGAGGCGGAUUCGGAUGAUGAUCGUAUGGAAGACGAGAUCGAUCGGAACCUGGACGAUCUGUCGGGGGCGGCGAAGCGGCUUAAUUUACUGGCAAAGGCGACCGGCGAGGAGAUCGAGUCCCAGAACCGGCUUAUUGAGCGGAUAGGCGACAAGAGCGACAAGUUCGACGAUCGGAUACACUGGCAGACAGAGAAGCUCAAGCGCAUCCACUAA